UCCUGAAAAGCAUCUAAGCGGAAUCGUAGCAGCGUAUGCCGACAAGAUAGACGUGCAAGACAGUUUAUACUCUAGUUCGCCUUUUUACUCUAGCGUACUUCCUCAGAUACAGUCAUUCUACAGCCCAAGGACCUAUCAUGUAUUUUCGAUUUUUGCUUGUAACAUGGGUUGCAAUUGUGUUAGUUUUGAGCGAAGGACAGGAAGUCAGUGAAUGUAAGGAUCUCUUUCGUUCUUGUCAUGUUUAUCCCAAGAGAGUCUACUGUUUAAAUGAAAAUUACAGACCAUUCAUGGAGAAAUACUGCGCAAAGUACUGCGGAUUCUGUGACUGCCAUCAAUGGAUAUACGGAUGCUGCCGCGAUGGCAAGACUAACGCUGAUGGACCAAGGGAACAGGGAUGCGCAGUUAAGCUUUGCUACGAUGUGUUUGUUGAUGGAUGUCCCGAGUCAAAAAAGAAUGGCACAUGUUCGUCCCCGGAGACUCUAGCCUUGAUGAAAGAAAGAUGCCCUUACAGUUGCGGCUUCUGCAAACACUUUGCUCCUUCAAAAAGCGAAUGCCUCAAUUCUCGAUACGGUUGCUGUUGGGAUGGGGAUUUUGCCGUUGGACCUGAUCAAAAGGGAUGUAGACCCUGUGUGGACACAUAUCCUCAUGCAUGCAAAGAGUUUGCUGUUCCUGGAUCGUGUUCGAAUAGUGGUGCAUACUACACCAGGACGUUUUUAGAGAAGAACUGUCCAAAGUCUUGUGGAGUCUGCCCUGUUUCAGGUUGUUACGACAGAGCUGGAGAAGCCAAGUGCGUUCAAUGGCUAAUUAAAGGUUACUGUAAAAACAGCAUUUGGAAACCGUACAUGAUGGAUAGCUGCGCCAAAACCUGUGAUUUAUGCGAAGAGGAAGGGAUGAUCGCAUAAACAGAUUUGAGUACAGCCAGGAUGGCUUUAGCUAUUCUCAUAACCAGUUCGAAUUGCACAAGUAAGGAAAGUGUUCGCAACUUUUCUGGGCUAUCAGCUGCAGGUUAAACAACAGUCUAAUACUGGUAAUUAUAAAUACUAAUAGGUCCUUUUACAUUUCCCUGCGCCAUCCUGAAGGGUAGCCGUGCCUUUGCAUUGAAGCAAGACGAAAGGUGAGCUUGCAAUGAUAGAGAAAUGUGAAUAAUUGUCCAAGGUGUUGAAAAAGGUCCCUAUCAGUGCAAGCUCCCCGUUCGUCUCACCUGCAAUGCAAAAGUAUGGCUACCUUUCAAGAUGGCGCCGGGAACUAUUGAAUAAAGUAAACUUAUGGAUAGCAGAAAAAGAAAAAAUAUAUAUAUACUGUAAAAUGUGCAUAAAUUAAAUUCAAGUCAGAAAGGAAACUGUUUUCUGGUUCGUAAUCAACUUCAAACGAAUUUACAGAUCUCUUUACUUUGGGCGUGUCAUUCCCUAGAGAAUACGAUUCGUUUGAGAAGUAUCCAUAUUCAUGUGUCUUCUCAUGCGCAACCGUGAAACAAAGAAAUGAUACUCUAAGGAAUUUUCUGGACAUCAUUUAUUGCCAUUGAUAUAGUAUUAAAUUAAUAUAAAGAUUA